CAAAUGGAUUAGAUCAGCAUGGGAGAACAAACAGAUAAGAAGUAGGAGCUGAAUUACUGUAAUUUCAAAGAAGCCAGAGAAAAGGUAUAUUUCACCAUCUCACAAAUGGAAGUAUAAGAGACUUUGUACAAAAUAUAUGUGAAAAUGGAAACCUCAUCUUUACUAUCAUCCCUACAUGAUGAAUGCAGAUCAGACAACUUUAUUGAGCCUCAUUACAAGGAAUGGUACCGAGUAGCUAUUGAUGCUCUAAUUGAAGGAGGUUUAGAAGCCUACAAAGAAUUUCUUUCGAAAGAGAGAUGUUCAGAGUUCCUUGCAGAUGAGGAAAUUGAUUAUAUUUUGAACAAUGUUCAUAAACUUCCCCAAAACACAGUUUAUUCCUCUAACAAUGCCAUUGAUGACACCUCUUCCUCGGGAACCUACUGGCCUAUUGAAUCAGAUGUGGAAGCUCCAAAUCUUGACUUAGGUUGGCCCUACCUGAUGCCUGGAAUUUCUGGUGGCACAAAUAUCGAUCUGCUGUUUCAUCCCCCACGAGCACAGCCUUACACCAUAAAGGAAACUAUUCGGAAGAUGAUACGAGAUGCAAGAAAGUAGGACUUGGCUUGGUUGGCAUACUUUGGUCUUUUUCAACUGCUGCUCCAGAGCUACUAAUGUAUCUACUGAAAGGUAAAGAAGGAAAACAGAGUUAAGUCUGUUGCCAAGGCCAGCUCCGAUUUGUGAGAUCCCGAAACAUCAUGAGGAAAUACUGUUUCCAGUCCUUUUCCACUUCUGCUUAGCUAUUUCGUUUAUAUGCCAUCCAGACCCUCUCCAAUUGACUCUCAAGAGCUGUCUAGUUAAAUGUCUUUUUAGGCAGUAUGUCUACUCUGAAUUUGGCUUGGCAGAAAAGUAAGUGUGAUUCUUACCUCUUUUUGAAAAGGAAGUUUAUUCUGUAUUACAUUAGCUCUCUCAUAAGGCUGUGUCAUUCUCA